UUUUUGUCUGAAUAAAAAUGAAGGCGCUUAUUACUCUCAGCACGUUUAUACUUCUAUUUUUUGAAGUUUCUGGUGAAUUAGAAUGGUGGAGAACUAUGUCUCUAUACCAACUUUGUCCAAGAAGCUUCAAAGACAGUGAUGGAAAUGGAAUAGGAGAUUUUAAAGGAAUUCAAAGUAAACUUCAUUAUUUGGUUGAAUCCGGAUUUGAUGGAUUCUGGCUAACUCCAUUUUAUCCAAGUCCUUUUCAAGAUUUUGGCUAUGACAUUUCAAACUUUCAAGAAAUUGAUCCUCUUUAUGGAACAAUGAAAGAUUUUGAAGAUUUACUAGAAAUGGCACAUAAUAUGUCUCUCAAGGUCAUUAUUGAUUUCGUACCUAAUCAUAGUUCGGAUCAACAUGAAUGGUUUCAAAAAAGUGUGAAAAAAAUUGAUCCUUAUACUGAUUAUUACAUCUGGAACGAAGGCAAAUUCGUAAAUGGUAUACGAGUACCACCUAAUAAUUGGGUUAGUGUCUUUGGCGGUUCUUCAUGGACCUGGAAUGAAGAAAGACAGGCCUAUUUUUAUCAUCAAUUCGCUAAAGGCCAACCUGAUUUUGAUUUUCGAAAUGAAAAAGUUAGAAAUGAGAUGAAGGAUAUUUUAAUCUUUUGGAUCAAAAAAGGUGUGGAUGGCUUUCGUAUGGACGCCUUACCAUUCAUAUUUGAAGAUAAAUAUUUGCGUAAUGAAAAAUUGACUGGUAGAACACAUAACCCAAAUGACUUUGACUAUACAUAUCACGACUAUACGAUGCACUUGAUCGAAAACUAUGAGAUGGUGCAUGAAUGGCGAAAUGUCAUUGAUCAAUAUAACCAAUCAAACGUGAUGAUGAUAGAGGCAUACGCUAAUAUAAGCUUAACAAUGCUAUACUAUACUUAUGGAGCGCAUUUUCCUUUCAACUUCGGUUUCAUUACCUCAAUCAAUCAAUAUUCCAAUGCUAAUAGAAUUAAACAUGUAAUUGAUGAGUGGAUGAAGUACCUACCAUUAGGAGCCACAUCGAGUUGGGUAGCAGGAAAUCAUGACCAACAUCGACUAAGAACACGCUUUGGACCAGAUAUCGCCCCAAUAAUAACGAUGAUGGUUCAACUUUUACCGGGUGUUGCAGUAACUUACCUCGGCGAUGAAAUUUGCAUGGAGGACACCUACCUUACCUGGGAGGAAACACAAGAUCCUCAAGGUUGUAAUGCCGGUAAGACUGAUUAUCAGAAAAGAAGCCGAGAUCCAGUUAGAACUCCUUUCCAAUGGGAUGCAAGCACCUCAGCCGGAUUUUCAACUAAUCCAAGAACUUGGUUACGUGUUAAUGACAAUUAUAAAACAGUAAAUCUUGCUGCUCAAAAAGCAGCAGAUAAAUCGUGUUAUAAAUCAUUCUUAAAAGUAACAAAAUUAAGAAGAUUACCAUCUAUUUCAAAGGGCGAAUUAAAAACAAAAUUAUUUAAUAACGAUGUAUUUGCUUUUUCCAGAGAACUAAAAAAUGAGAUAUCGAUUUACGUGGUGAUAAAUAUGGGGAAUGAACCAGUCACUUUAAAUUUAGAAGUUUUUGAAAAUAUUACAUCUAAAUUAAAAUUAUAUCAUUUGACAACGAAUAUUGAACUACCAACAGGGUCUAUUGUAAACACAAAUUCUGUCAAAGUUCCGGCAAGAAAUGCUGCAAUUCUCUUUAGUAAUUGAAAAUAUUUCGACAGAUUCUAAAACUCAGCGUAACCGCAAUUCUGGCUUCCUGUAUAUAAUAUCUGCCUACAGAAACAUAUUUGAUUAUUACCACAUGGAAAUUACUAUUAAAGUGUUUGUGAAUAAUUAAAUAAGUCAAA